CAGGUUCUGGUGAGAGCAUAGCUAGUCAUCUAGCCAGUUCAUUUCUCCUGUGAAAGAUGUUUUUUAAUGUGUGUAGAGGAAUAAAAAAAUAAAUAGGGAGAUGUUAAAACAUUUUGUCUUUGAAUCCAGAGUUGCAUGGGGCUGUAAAUUCAUCACCGUGUGCUUGUUCCUAAAAUUUCUGUUAGCAGUAGGCCUCAGGAUGAUUUGUAGAGGUCUGGAGAGGAGGCGGGUUAUGGAAUAGAUACAAAGGAAGAUGCUCAGCUUUGGAAUACCUCCUGCACAGCUUGAGAGCAGAUCUUCUCUGCUCAGUAAUGCUCUUGCAUACAAAGUACACUCUUUUGUUUUAAACGGCUGCCCUUUUGUUGUUUCCUCAGGCACAGGCAAUGAGCAGCAAACCUGACCUUCUAGAACUAAUUUUUAAUGCAAUUGAAAAAAGCAUUAAUAAUGAAAACAGCUGCUUUCUUCUGGUAGCUGUGGAUACAUUGUUGGACUCUGCAAAUGUGAAGGAGAUGGGUUUUACGUGCAAGAUCCAGGCGCUGCGUGAUAAGCUCUGGGUCUUCCUGGUUCAGUCUUUUUAUGCUGUUCGUCACACAGAAGGCUGGAAGCUGAUGAGGCCAGACCAUCAACAGAAAAUACAAGCAGCUGCAUUUGACAAGGGUGAUGACCGAAGACUUGCCAAAAAACCUGUAUUCACUAGUUCUCAGCUAAAUAAAACUACUACUCAAUCUGUUGGUAUAAGGAAUAGUUCCUGGACAGAAUACGGCAAGAAAGAUUGCUGGGGAGAUCCUUCCACCAAUCAGGAUAAAAUGAAAUCUGAUGGAUUAGGAGCAUCUGGACAUACAUCCAGCACCAAUAGAAACACUGUUAAUAAGGCUCCAAAGCAUGAGGAUGUAAAGGGAAAAGAUGGCAAAAAAUUAGUUUCCAAGAUUACUAAGGAUUCAAAACCUGGGGAAAAAGCUGCCUCGCCAAAGGCUAGAGCUGUUAUAAAGACAAAAAUAGAAAACAAUGGAAAUGUGAAGGCUGAAAGCAUGCUUAGCAAGCAAGAUGGAGAAAAGACAUCACCUGCAACUGGACAAAAAAAUUCUGGAAGUGGCAAAGGACUAAAGAAUCAUGAAGGAAAAAUUGCAGGUGCCAGACCUAAAGUGCUGACAGUAACCUCAAGUGUGCAGAUCAAAACAAAACCAUUGAAAAAAACCCCAGGGAAGGAAUCUCCCUCCUUAGUGACUGUAGCAGCAACUUCCAGCAAGUCAGCAAACUCAAAUGCGGAUAGCAAGACUGUCAAUGAACAGACAGAGGAACCCAAAGAGGAUAAAUUGGUAGAGGAAGGGAAAAAACAGACUGUGAAAACAAAGGCAUCUGUGAAGAUAUCAAAUGGAGUCACCACCAAAAAAAAAAAGACUGAGCUUGAGGCUAAUGUCACAACAAGCAGUCUGACAAAAAAAUCAACAGGAAAAGGAUGCAAUGAGCAAAAUGUACAAACAGUUCUAAAGAAAAAAGGGAAUGUCAGUACCAGUUCUGCAGCACAACAAAAGGCUCAAAACACACCUACCAAUUCUCCCAAGAGCCAAGGACCUCAGGGGGAAUCAACAAAUUCACUGAAAUCAGGAAUGUCUCCAAAACAUAAUGAAGAAAAAAAUGUGUUACAACAUCUGGUUCAGACAACACUACCAGAAAAACAUCCUUCAGCCAAGAAGAAGAGUGUUAAGCAGUCACAAACACCUGUAACAAAAGCCACUGCAAAAAUAACACCUAAAGCCCUGGCUCCAUCAAAGCAUGCUGAGAUUACAAAUAGUAAAGACCCGAAACAGAAAUCAGCUGUAUUAAAAUCUCAGUCCUCUGCCCAAAAACAUUCAAGGAAUGAGUCUCCUGUUGUCCAGAAGAAUGUGCACACCUCUGAGCACAGAGAUUCAGGACAGAAACUUGAGAAAAACACAGCUGAUGCUGUGGCAGGUCAGCUUCAUGACAAUAAUGAAUCUUUUAAACCUACGGUGCAAAGCAGCAGUGAUGAUAAACUGCUGGAGUCCUGUCAACCCAAUAAACAAAAAUUAUCAGAUUCUACUGAAAAUGUGCAAUACAAAAUACAAUCUGAGUCUUCUUCUCCUCUAAUUACAGAAGAAACUAUUUCUAAAUUUCAUGUUUCAGUGCAAAAUGACAGGGAAACAAGACAAAUCUGUAAAGAUCAGUGUGGAAUUAAAAAGAUUGAAGAUACAAAGAUUGAUUAUACAGCUGAAUUUCACUGCCAUGCACAAUCUGCCAGUGAUGGAUAUUCAGACUUUUCCAAGGAAACCAAUCAAAAGGCUAGUGUUCCAGGAGAACUGGUGAAAGAUUCAAAAACAACAAAAGUCUGUAGUGAGCAAAGUGAUAAAUUAAACUCUGAAACAGGUCUUAACUAUGAUGAAAAUGCUUUGUCAAGCUUUUCCAGAAUAACCAAUAAAGAAGAUGAGACAUCAUCUCCUCAGAUCCAUAUGGAGGGAUUUCUUACAGCUGAUGAACUGUGUGAUACAUCAGCCUUGACUGAAUAUAAAUCAGUUACAGCAGAUUUAGAUGAUGUUUCAGAAUGUUCCACAGAACAAAUAACAGAAAAGUAUUCACCUAGUUACACAGAGCUUAUAGACCCUACAGAAAUGCCAGAAAACCAGGAAAAUGCAGAAACUCCCUUUGUUGACCACUGGAAUACUGGUGCCAUAGAUCCAAAAGAGAGCCCGGAAUCAGAUACUGGCAGUGCAACCACAUCCUCUGAUGAUAUAAAACCAAGAUCAGAAGAUUAUGAUGCUGGAGGCUCUCAGGAUGAUGAGGGAUCCAAUGAAAGAGGGAUUUCUAAAUGUAGCACUAUGUUAUGUCAUGAUUUUCUUGGAAGAAGCAGCAGCGACACAAGUACACCUGAGGAAUUAAAAAUUUAUGAUAGCAGCCUAAGAAUAGAAGUGAAAAUGAAAAAAGAGGGUUCUGAUCUCUUCCGUGUUAAUUCAACGAGUGAUGAUGAAAUACCAAGAAAAAGACCUGAAAUUUGGUCCCAUCAGGAGAGUUCACGGACCAAUACUAGAGAAAGCAAAAGUUCUACUUUUGGAAAUGCACAGUUUACUCAGGAAGCAGACCAAGUUUCUUCUUCUGCCGAUGAAACAGAAGAUGACAGAUCUGAAGCAGAGAAUGUUGCACAAAACUUCCCUCCAUCAAAUGUGCCCACUCAACAGUUCCAAGGAAUUGAUAAUUUAGCUUUUGAAGAUGCAACAGAAAAUGAUACUGUAAGUCAGGAGUUUUCUAAAACUAAAAAUUUCAAACGAUCUGUUUUACUUUCAGUAGAUGAAUGUGAAGAAUUGGGAUCUGAUGAUAAAGUGGAAACUCAUACUUCACGUCAGCACUCAAUAGAUUCUCUUACUCCAGAAGUAUUUGACAGUGUUUCUCAAGAGCAGCACGGAAAGACCUUUUAUUCAAGACACUCAGAGGAAACUGAAGAAGGAUUCCUGGAUGGCAAACAGCGUAAGGAUAGAGACAAUAAGUCAGAUAAAAGUGGAAGUUCUCUCCUACAUCUUCACGGUACUGAAAUCCCAGGGAAGGAGGACGAGGGUGCUUCAAUGACUGAACAAAAUUGCCCAGAAAAAAUCUAUUCAGCAGCUAGUCCAUGUCCAGGAGAAAAACAGGAAGUAAAUAUGAAGAAUGAGGUUGCUAUUGAAUUUCAGCAGUGCAAUAAGUACUUAGACAAUGAUGCAAAAUCUCAAGAAAGACCAUGUCAUCUGGAUCUUCAGCAGAGAGAAACUAAUUCUGAUGCGCAAAAGAACAGCUCUGCAAAACCUGUAGAAGCCAGUAAGAAUCAGAUACUGACUCAGGAAGGUCAAGUGAGAGACAGUCAACCACCAACUACUGAAUGCGCUAAUACUGAUUUACUUCCAGGAGACAUAGAUGAUUAUGACACAAUGGCACAAACCUGCAUGUAUGAACAUCGGCCUCCAAAAACCCUUUCUCCAAUAUAUGAGAUGGAUGUUGGAGAAGCAAUUGAGCAGAGGAUGGAUUCAGAAACAGCAGUUCUAGAUGUGGAUUUUGAAGAUCAGCAGUUUGCAGAACAGGACUGGACUCUUCUCAGGCAAUUGUUAUCUGAGCAGGACUCAAAUAUAGAUUUCAAAAACUCUGUUCCUGAAGACCUUAACUUAGCACAAUGUCUUAUCAAUCAGACACUGUUUCUGGCACGAGAUGGUUCAAAUCCUCAGGGUACAUCACAAGUUGACACAUUCAGUAGGUGGACUGAGCUCAUGUCUCCACUGGACGAUUCUUCAGCAAGCAUUACAGUGGCAAGCUUUUCAUCUGAAGACUGUUCAUCCCCUCAAGGGGAAUGGACAAUUCUUGAACUGGAAACCCAUCAUUAAGGUGACCAACUGUUUGCAACUGAACUCCAACCCAUUCCCCAAAUCUAUUUUUGAUGCGUUGUUUCCAUACAAUAAUGAUACUGCAUCAGUCAAGAACGAGCAAUUCUUGAUACUGAGGCAAUCUUUCUUAUAUAAUGAGGUAAAUAUGUUAAUUUAUAAUCUAGAUUUAAUCACAGGUACGGUAAUUUUUCAAGACUUAAAUGUAUGUCUUUUCUAAAAAUGAACUUUGAGCAUGUAUUUUCUAGAAUUGUUAGAAAAAUUAGAUUACAUGAACGAAAAAUCUUGGUUUCCACCUUCCCUUUUAUCUUCUUUUUUGACAUUUAAUGUUCUCAUUCAGCAAAAAUUUAAAGAUGAAUGCACAAUUAGUAGAGCUAUUCCCCUCCUUUUUUUCCCCCCCUCUCUCUAUGGUCACUUCAUUUUACAACAAUAAAGAUUCAGAAUGGUUGUGUCAAAAGGUGAUGUGUGCCAACACUACUUUAAAUGAUGGAAACACAGUCUUAUGUUCAAAGAAAAUGUUUCAAUCUGAAUCUGCCUUGGGCCUUAUUAAUAUGAGCAGCUUGUUUCAUCUAUUUCUUCCAUAUUAAAUUUUUGUAUUUUGGUUUGUUUUGUUUAGAAGUUUGCAAUAAAUUUUUUAAAUUGUGUUUCCUUUAAAUAUAAGACUUCAGAGGGUCUGUGCUAUAGGAAGAGCACUUUUCAUUUCUUGGAAAUGCAUGUUUAAGUAAAUAUUUAAAAUGGCAUAGUGCAUGAAUUUAAAGGAGUUGGUAGAAUGCUGCUCCUGUUCUAAGAAACAGCAUGUCUGAUGUUUCCACGAAUAUAUCUGAUGCUGAAGUCGUGGUCAGUGUUACAUCAGAAGUCUGACUGACUAGAAUUACCUUCUGGCUUCAAUUCAUAACACUUGCACCCUCCUGAUGCUGGGGCAUAGCAAGAUUCUCAGGAAUUCAGUUUUGUUUGUUUUUACAGAUGCUACAUUUUUGGAGCAGUAAUAGGAUUCUUGCAUCUUCAUUAAUAUCUCUAGUGUAGCUUUUAUAUAUUGAGACUAAAUGUCAACAUAACCUUUCUUCUGACUCAGAGUGAAAUAGGAUACAAAGCUCAUUCUGCUGCUUUUGGCUAUUUGAGUGUGGAUAGGACUAAUUAUUGUCUUUUGUGAUUUGACAAGGAGGAAGGAGUGAGAAACUCUUUGUAAUUGUUACCAAGUCAGAACUCCUGAAACAAACAAGUUUUUCCCCCUGCAAAGGCUGGGCUCUCUAAAAUACCUGCAUUAUGGAAACAGGAGGGCUUGUCUUUCACACAGCCUGAAGUCUAAACAGGAAGUAUUCUACCUCCUCUCAGUCAUUAACAGAAGUGCCUUCUGAAAUAGGUGCCAUAUGGCAGUAAAUGGCUACUAACAUCCUUCUUUUGUGGAAACUAUUUAAGAUAAGUACACAACUUAAGCUGGUUGUAACCACCGGUAACAUGGUCAGUUUUGCAAGCUUUUGCACAAUUCCAACAGUGCACCUUAAUUUUUUUGGCAAACUUCAUUUCUUACUGUUCAUAGUCAAACUCUCAAUUCUGUGGAAAUAUGAAGUUGCCCUAGCGUAUGAAUGAAGUUAUGACCUGUCUGACCUUUGGAUCUGACAUAAUAAAGAGCUUUGGGGCAAAAUAGUUUAUCUAGAAAGCCACUUUGUUGAACUUCUGGUACAAAAGUAAAAGUAAUGUUUUAUUCUCCUCAGAACAAACAGAGGAAGAAUUUUAUAUCUCAUUGCUUAAUGUCAAGGUAGGGGGAAAAAUAGGAAAGCCUUCCUUUCUCUAUGUCAGUGGAGGACUCUAACUCAGGGAAGGAAGAUGUUCAGUCUCAUAAUAAAAAUCUUUCUAACCAACUCUUUUAGCAGCAGUACCAGUAGUUUGAAAUAUUAUAAUUCAAAAUAUUAUAAAUGUAAUACACUGUAUUUAACCCAGUUUUCAUAUUGAGGAAUUUAGGAGAACCUUUAGAAGUGCAAAUCAUCAAGAAAACCUGUUUUUCACCUUCAAAGUUUACAAGGUUUAUCAGUAGGGGAUAGUCUUUUGAAUAAAAGAAAGAACUAUAGUAUUAGCCAAAGUAAAAGAUGAAACUUGAGAGAAGCUCUUACAGAAGGCUGAAGAAUAGUGUUUGCAAUUUCUCUGUAAAACACUGAAGUAAAACUUGUUUACCAAAAAGCUUGAUCAACUUUCAAAUCCUGAUGAUAUUCUGAUAGUGGGCAUUCACAUGUUAAACAAGAUGAAGUGAUGGAAAGGAGAAGUGACAGAAAGUGAAAGAAGGGCUCCUUUGGUCUAUUUUUUGUUUUGCCCAUAUUUUUAACUCUAACUGAAUUGAUAGAGCAGCACUGAAGCGACACACAAAGUUUCAUGUUUGUUUUAUGAAUUACAACACAUACAGAGGUUUAUUUUUUCUUUGCAUUUACUUUUCCGAUUGUAUCAAAAUGAAAUUAGCUUCUGUCUUCAAGUCCACAAUGAUGUUGCUGCAAUUCCUUUAAUAGUUUUGCAGCAGAGCGCUGAUUAGGAUAUGGUAUUGUUCAGUUGUUACAUAUGCAGCCAUAGAAUUCAGCUUCCCACAGCCAAAGAGUGUCUGUAGAAGUAGCAGGAAUAGAAAGUGGUAUUGUUUUUAAUUUGCGUUACCAGAGUGCCUGUGAAGCUUAAUCAGACCAACAUCCCACUGGCUAGACAUUGUACAAACCCAGAACGGAAACAAAGACUUCCCACAGAGUGCUUAUAAUCCAAGUUAAGACAAAAGACCAAACAAAAAUGCACAUGGAUGGAAAAGUAAAAUGAGCGUGUCAAUGUUUAUCUAGCUGAUUAGCAAUGGUCUCAGCGCAUCAUCAGUUUAAACAGUCAUUUUUUUUCUCCUGUAUGCAUUAUGAGAAGGGGAAGUUGGAAGGUGAGAUUUAGAGGCUGGAUAAUGAGGGAGCUGGAAGAACCUAUAUUCCUGACCAGCCUUGGUGCUAGCUAAACUCUCUUCCUACUUGACCCUGACCUCAUUCAGGGUCAAGCUUUUGGCCAGGUGUAGGUGGCUAUGUAUUAAUAGUAUCAGUCACCUGAGUUCUUCAGAGUCCUGCUCGUGCCUCCUGUCAGUGAUUUUGUCACUGUACUGGCCUCAUUUCCAAAGCAUGAGAGAAUGGAUAAAGGUUUGUUUGAAAACUUCAUAGAGAAACAACCAAUGCUAGUGUCACAGGCUUCAAAUGAAUAGUGAUUAAGAGGUCCUGGAGGACCUCUAAAGUAGAGACAAGGUAGGUACAUCUGAUGAAACAGUGAAAGGGUGUCAGUGAAGAAACUAAAGAGAUGGCAUAGUGAAAAUAUUGUUUAAGGAUUUACCUUUGCAGUAGUAUUUUGGAUAAGAGCAAUAAAAUUGCUUCAUCAAAGCCUGAGCAGACAUUGUUGCAGUUAAGAGGUGAUACUGACAGCUUACCUGAGAUCGUUAUGGGAAUGGGAAGGGUGUCUGUAUCCUGCAGGUAGUAACACCAAAUUUAGUAAACUCAGUGAAAUUUAGAGGCGAGAACUCAGAAAUCAGAGUGACUAAUGACCCUGAUUUUGCUUAUCUUGAAUUAUGUUGUGAAAGUGAAAAACAAGGAAGGAUGUUUUACAUAUGUGAAAGUAUUAAGUUUAAAAAAGACUGUACCUCCAAAAAGUGGUCCUGUAGUCAUAAUAACUUUUUUUUUUUUACUUGAAAAAUUAGAGUCUAGUCUGGACUGGAGAAGCAGCUCUGCAGGGUUUUUACAUACAGAUACUAGCUAAAAUUGUAUUUGUGGAAUAAAUCACCAAAAGAAGUAUUGCAGAGGGAAAAUGGAAGCAACAAACAGUUGGAAACCUACAAGAAACUAAGGAAAGUGGCGGUUCUUCCAAAUAAUCUGCUCAAAAAAAAAAGAACCAUUAGGUAAGCGAAGGAAAUAAAGAUGAAAACAGGAGUCAAAUGAGGAUGACAGGAUUUAAGGAAAACUGCACCACUGGCUUCACUGGACAAAGCCCACAAGGCAGAUGUAUAAAAUACCAGUUUUGAGGUUGGUUAAGAAAGUGUUCUUAAGGACUGUGGUCAAAAUGAGAUAUUGGCUCACAGAGUAAAAGGCAACCAGAUGCCAGUUUGGUAGAGCAUGACAGAAUUGCAGGAAGGAAACUGAGCCUAACUAUUAAGAGAGAGGCAACAGUUAGAAAAGCAGAUCAGUUAAUAAUAUAUUCUAGGUUGCUUUUUCAAUGCAUGAGAUUAUGCCAUGUUUAUGUAGCGCAGCAAAAGAAAUGUGGAGACAGACAUACAGUGACGAUCAGGAGAGAUAAGUGAGCAUGAAAUGAGAUCAGCAGGCAGUCUGGGCUGCUACAAGUGAUCAGAUCAGUGCAUAAAACCCAGACACUGGCUUUUGUGGUGUACGGGUAGUGGAAAGGACACUCCAUAUAUUCAUCAUUUUUUCCCUUAGAAAAACUUCUAGAAUCAUAGAAUUACAGAAAAGUAUAGAACUAUAGGAAAAUGCAGGCUUGAAGAGACCUCCAAAGGUCUCUAGUCUGACCUGCUGCUAGAAGCAGGGGUAACUUCAAAGUUAGAUCAGGUUGCCAUGGCCUCAUCAAGGUUCAUAGCAUAUAAAACCGUAAUAAAGUCAGCAGGGACAAACACAAUGCUCAUGUGAAGCAGUUAUUUGAGAUUAAAAUAUUCCAAUAAUAUUGAAACUACUUCAACUAUUGUUGAAAAAUAUUAGUAAUUAAGUACAAGAAAUAUGGCUUGCUUGCAAUAUUUUUAAAUUCUGGAUGAUAUGUGACUGAACUGUACAUGUUUAAUAAUCUUACCUCACACUUUUUAAGGUUUUAAAUUAUUUCAAAAUUAUACUGAAUUUUUGACUUUGCAAAUUUUAUUAUUAUUUUGGAAGAAUUAGGGCAAGAGAACUUUGCAUGUUUCUCUCAAAAACUGUCCAUAGGAUGUGUUCCCUAGCAUUGUCUUAUCAGUUUCUUUCAGGGAAUAUGUAAAAACAAACAAAAAAACCCACAUCGCUGUUCUAAGUACAGAUUAUAGGAGACUGUUUUAAAACUUUCAGUAUAUAUUAUUGCCAUCUGGAAAAUAAUUAGUAGCAUGUUCAUUCUAGUUUGCUCCAGAAAAUCUAAACCUUUGCAUGAAGGAAUUAAGAACUGCUCUUAUGUUGUACAUCAGUUGCUCAGAACCAAGACGUUUAAGAAUUCAUUAUUUUGCUUUCACUAAUGUCAAAGAAAAGACUGUUGACCUCAGCUGAAGCAGGUUCAAGCCUUGCUUAUAUUAAUGCAUGUACUAGAAAUGCUAUUUUUCCAGUAUAUCUAUUUCAUAGUUUUCUAAUUUUACUCUACUAAUAACAUUGUACAAUUGUAGGUGUGACAAAUUACAGCUAGAAAGACUUCAAUUUAUUAGUCAUAACUGUAUGCAUUCUGUUAAUAUUUCAUGACUGAAGUGAUUUAACAUUUUUACAUUGAUAGAUGACUUUCAUGCCAGGACUACACAGGAACUGAGGACAAAAGACAGGAUGAGAAUUAUUGCAGCUUUGUUACAGCAGAUGAUUCCCUGGAAAUGAGCUUUUAGAUAUGAAAUCCAGUAUAAUUAGAAGCUUUCAUCUCUUGCAGAAAAUCCAUACUGAUUUUCGUAUCUCUCUCUUGAACACAAGCUAUAUAUGAUAUUUUUUGAAAAAUAAGCUUUAAUGUGUUCCAUUUUGGAAAAAUUACAGCUCAGAUCUCUUCUUUAGCUAAUUUAAAACCAAGCUUCUUCCCAUUGACAACUACUACCUGUGUUUAAGGAAACUAAACUUGUAACAGGAUAUCGAUUGGGGAAAAAUACCGAGUUUGAUAAUUUCUUUGAUUUUUUUUACAUUUGGUAACUAAUAUAAUAACAGAAAAAGCUAUACAAUGCAUGCAUGCACACCUGUUUAUUUAUUGCAUUUGAUCUUCCUUUUAUACUUUGCAGUCUGUACUGUGCAGUCCAUUAGGCCACAGUUCUGCAAACACAGGAGCGAAUCCACAUGCACAUUUGCAGAUUGGCUUUCCAUUUAACAUUGGCUUUUCAGAAAGGGUAAUGGAGCUGGCACUGGGGGCAGGCACUGGGCAUGCUUGGGCUUUUAUACAGUACUCAGCUUAAUGAGCUUCUAAUCCUGAUGAGCCAUCUGGAUGCAGUUAAAGUAUGAAAUAAUUAAUAACGGAAUUCCAUUAAGUUGCUUCCCUGUUCUCCUUGAUUUAUUGCUGAAGUUGCCAGUUCAGAAGACUAUUCAAUUAGAGAAAUCAAAGUCCUAAGAAAUCAUAACUUUUCACGUUACAUACAACAAAAUUUCUUUUGCUAUUGCACAGUAAAAUAUGAAUACUGAUCAUGUCUUCAGUAACUCAAACCUCAGUAUUUGGAGGGGCUGCCUGUAACUCAAUAAAUAGAUGUAUUUAACAAGGACAUUGGUGGUCAGAUUAGGAUGAUGACUGUUAACUGCAUUAGAGUGCAUAUUCUGGUGAACCUGAACAGAGGCUCACAUGCACAAAUUUGGGACUCAGCCCAGUGACCCAGGUAGUCCAUCAGAUUUUAUACUUUUGCACACCAGUGAAAGUGGCUACUUGUUCUAAGCUCCCACUGCAGUUAGUGUGAGAGAUCCACAUCUCUAAAAAUCAGUGUAUUUAAGUGUCUGAACAGAAAGACUACUUACCUGAGUAAAAACUUUGGCUCAUGUAACUUAGCUGUAUAACCCACUUUUGAGAUUGAUCUCACCAACUUAAACCUACGGCAUCCUCAUUUAUGCAAUCCUUAUUUAGGAAUGUUUGUGGUUUUCUUACACUUGUUUUUAAUGAAAUUAUUUUAGUUCUUCACUUUUUUUUCAAAUAACACUCUUCUGAGUGUGGAAUGGCAUCCUGCCUCUCAGUAGAGUUACAUCAGUGUGCUUAAGAUCAGUAUAAAUAGGACAAACCAUAGGUACAUGCCAGAUCUAGUGUAAGUAGUAUAAAAACUUUUUGUGACCUUCAUAGACUGAGGUAAUUUUAAUGUCCACAAACAUGAGACCCACCUUUAAAUCAAACUUCCUACUUGUAACAAAAUGUCCUCCUGUAUCUGUAGAGAAGAAAACUUCAAUCUCUAUUUUCUGGAUUAUCAUGUUUUAGUAAUCAAGAUUAAUCCAAUAUAUGUAUAACGGGAUGCAUCUGGAGGAAAGUCUGAGUCACUUGCUAUAGUCCAUGACUUUAUGGUCCAAGAAUAUUUUGACCACUCAGUCUUGUGGAAGGAGGGGGAGGGUUUUAAGCUCUCAAACUGAAUGCUUGCAUGUUUUCCAACUGCUUGCUUUUCAGAUUUAGAUCAUUAGCUGGGGCCUAAGUAAUCGUAUUUCCAAAUGACUCCUUGUCAACACCAUCUUCUGUUUCCAGAAUAUCUGUAUGGUUGCAUAGUCCCAAAACCUUUCUUCCCCAUGCUACAUACUGAAGGUUCUUAGUUGAUUUCUGUAUGACAGAAAAUAAUAAACCUAUGUGUAAGUUAAA